UCCUUAUUUUUCUGAUCAAAAGAUGACUCACUACUCUUCUCCUCUUCUCUCCCAUAAACCUUAAAAACCAUUUCCACGAUCUGCUUGCUUAGGGUUUCCCCCCCCUCUCUCUCUCUCCCCCAAAUCUCCCAUGUCUGCUUUCAAUUUCUCCAUCUCUUCUUGAUUCUCUCUCAGUGUACUGAGAAUCCAAUUGUGGCUUAAUUUGGUGGAAUACUCUACAGGAGGGUUAAUAGGGUAAGAGUCUUAGAUUUGUUGGGUGUUUGAUCAUUCCAUUGGUUGGGAAGAGAGAUAGAGAAAUGUGUUGAAUUGGUGUUGGUGUGUUGGUGGAGGAAAGAGAGAGAGAGAGCUUAAGAAGAAGGAAGAAAAAUGAAUGUGAGCCAUGCAUCGGUUCAUCCAGUGGAAGAUCCUCCAGCAGCAGCUACUGAAGUUGUUAAUCCGCCGAGGGUGAGGAUGGAUGAUAUGGAAGGCAUGCCCGGAACACUACUUGGAUUUGCUCUUCGUUUCUUUCAGUUCUUGUUUGCUGCUGCUGCUCUCUGUGUUAUGGCUACUACUAGUGAUUUCCCUUCCGUUACCGCCUUUUGCUACCUAGUUGCAGCUACUGGUCUGCAGAGCUUAUGGAGUCUUACAUUAGCCAUGGUUGACGUCUAUGCUAUUAUGGUCAAACGUUCACUACAGAACCGUCGUCUUGUGAGCUUGUUUGCAAUCGGUGAUGGGGUUACAUCGACGCUGACCUUUGCAGCGGCUUGUGCAUCGGCAGGCAUAACGGUUCUCAUAGACAACGAUCUAAAUAGCUGCGGACAAAACCAUUGUGUUCAGUUUGAGACAUCGACAGCAUUAGCCUUCAUAAGCUGGUUUGCUGCUUUGCCCUCUUUUCUCUUCAACUUCUGGUCUCUUGCAUCUCGUUGACACGACCGCUGUUCAGCAAGAUGCGUUUUCAUGGUGUGUUUUUCAGUGUAUAGUAACUGAUUUUUCUUCUUCUUUCUUCGUUUUGGGGUUCGAACCAACUUUCUUCAAACCCAAUACUUGGAAACUGGGAAUUGUUUUGUACUUGUAGAACCUUAUUCAUCUUGUUGUUGUACACUGACAAGAUUCAGUCGGCUUUGUACUUUGAUUGAAGGAAUGCUUCAUCAAGCUCCCAGUACUUGGAGCAUUAUUAAAAUCUGUUCCCUUGCAAAAUGAUACAUA